AUGAAAGUUUUAAAUAUAUCAUUUUUAGUUUUAAUAAUAUUUUUUAUUACACCAUUAAUUUUUUCUCAAGAAUCAACUGCUCCACAUUUCUUUUUUGGAUCAUUGGUAAUUACACGUAAAGAUCAUUCAACUAAUCAAAUAAAAGCAUUGGUAUUGAAUUUAAAUUCUGGAACAUUAAUUAAUUCUGAUCAUACAAGAUUCCAAGUUUCAAAAGAAGAUCUUGAUAAGGUUGUAGAAUUAUUAAAGAAAUUAGAUAUUUCAGGUGGUUCGUUAGAUUUAAGAGAUUCAUCUUUACCAUCUCAAUAUGAUUAUUUCAUGGCAAAUACUCAAUUUGGAAAAUCAAUCAUUUGGCAAGAUGGUACUGAAGGUGAUAAUGAAAUUCUUACUGAAGUUGAGGGUUAUUUCGAUUCCUUUGCAUCACAAAAGAAUGCUGAAAAUAUUUUAAGAGGUGGAUAUUAA